AUGUAUGAUAUGCCACACUUAACGGGACGGGCGUACUUUUGUUUAGUAGAAGCGCGAGCCAGUAAAGUAGAUCAAGCGGAUCAACAAUUUAACUUCGUUCUCAAACAGGAUGCUUAUGACAUACCAGCAAUGAUGGGAAAAGCGAUUAUUGCUUUUAGUAAACAAGACUAUAAGACUGCCUUAUAUUUUUUGAAAAGAGCGUUGCGGCAGAAGCCAGACGGUCCUGCCGAUAUGAGGGUUGGUAUCGGUUAUUGUUUAGCAAGGCUAGGACUGACUGACAAGGCGAGAAUCGCGUUCGAGCGAGCGUUAGAACUUCAAAACGACAAUGUCUGUGCUUUGUCUGCACUUGCAAUCUUGGAUUACAAUACCCAUACUGUUGAAGGCGCGCAAAGUGCAGUAGCUUGUCUAGGCCAGGCAUAUAGUCUAGAACCUGAAAAUCCUGUUGUAUUGGUCCACCUUGCUAACCACUUCUUUUUUAAAGGGGAAAUGAAUAAAGUCGAACGAUUGGCGUGGCAUGCUAUGAACAUGACUGAAAGUGAUGAAAUAAAAGCGGAAGCUUGCUACAUCCUCGCUAGAUACUUCCACUUCAACAGGGACUACGAGAAGGCUUUCAAGCGACGACGUUGA